AACUUGCAAGGCUGAGCCAGUACUGGUGAAAACACGCAAAUCCCCCGACACAGACUACUGAGAAGCAGAACGAACUCCCUCUGCGCCCCAGUGGGUCUGUCUUUACCCAGAUCAGGCUGUGCCAGUCAGUGCACCGACCAAGCAGUUAUAUACGCCCCGGGCGUCCGGGGCCGCUCUUCCUUUCUCCAUCCUCCCUCCUCCCUCCUCCUCCCUCCCCCCUCGUCCUCGCAACCAUGAAGUCCGCCUCCGCCCUUCUACUCCCGCUGGCCUGCUUCGCCCACUCCGCCUAUUCCCUCACCCUGCACGAGCGCGAUGCCCCCGCCACCCUCCAGUUCGACAUCGCCCGCCGUCAGGCCCCUGGCCGCGCGGCUUACAAGCGCUCAACCGCCAGCGCGGAUAUCGUCAACCUCGCCACGAACCUCGGCUACACGAUGAACCUCACGCUUGGCACUCCCGCCCAGAAAGUCAGCGUCACGCUCGACACCGGCAGCAGCGACCUGUGGGUCAACGCGGGCAAUUCAACCACCUGUCCCUGCGAGUACGGCUCCUACAACCUCAACACCAGCUCCACAUACAGCUACGUCAAUAGCGACUUCGAGAUCGAGUACGUCGACGGCAGCGGUGCAUACGGUGACUAUGUGACGGACACCCUCGCCUUCUCCAACGCCACCCUGAAGAACUUCCAGUUCGCCGUCGCCUACGAAAGUGACUCUGACGAAGGCGUCCUCGGUAUUGGCUACACCACCGACGAAGCGUCCGAAGAAUUCGACGUCUCCUAUAAGAACCUCCCCCGCGCCCUGGUCUCCCAAGGCAUCAUCAACUCCGCGGCCUACAGUCUCUGGCUGGACGACCUCUCCUCCGGCGAAGGCUCGAUCCUGUUCGGCGGCGUCAACACAGCCAAAUACACCGGCAGCCUCAACACCCUCCCGAUCGUGCCGGAGGACGGCGUGUACAUCGAGUUCGCCGUCAACCUGACGGGCGUGCACCUGACGAAGAGUGGCGCGGCGGUGACGGUCAACAACACCAACUCGUUCCCGGUGGCGGGCGUGCUUGACAGCGGCACUGCGCUCACCUACAUCCCGGACGGCGCAGCCGAGAGCAUCUUCAACGCGGUGGGGGCGGUCUACAGUUCCGAGCUCGGCUACGCGCUCAUUGAGUGCUCCGUGACGAAGGAAGACUUCGAGGUGAUCUACGAGUUCGACGGGUUCAACAUGACGGUGGACAUCAGUGAACUGGUGCUGGACGAUGACGACGGCAACAUCUGCACCUUCGGCAUCUCCACCCAAGGCGACAGCGAUGUUCUCCUCGGCGACACCUUCCUGCGCAGCGCCUACGUCGUCUACGACCUCGCCAACAACGAGGUCUCCCUCGCCCAGGCCAACUUCGACCCGGGCGCCGACCACGUGCUGGAGAUUGGAUCCGGGUCUAACUCCGUUCCCCAUGACUCCGGCACCGGCAGCAACUCCAGCAGCAAGAAGAGUCUGGCGGCGAUGACGCGCCCCGAUUUGACGGCUUUGGUGGGGGGUGUCGUAGCUGUCGGCAUGCUAUUGGCGCUGUAAAUGACUUGAUUUUUUUUUUCUUUUUACAUAUAUAUAUAUUUCCCGUGUUCAUCUGACGAUUUCUUUUUCUUUUUUUUUUUGAUAUCCCGA